AUGCAUCUCUCUGCGUGCCUUUCCACGCUUCUCACAGCCUCACUCGUUCUUGCAUCACCUACUCCAGUUGAAAAGAGGCAGUCAAGCUGCUCUGCAGUGGGGAUCUCUGCUCAGUCCUCGACUCGCGUUGUCAAUGCUUUCCAAAGCUCUGAGGUCGUCUCGGACCUUGUGCCGCCAUUGCAGCCAAAGGUUGCAGUGAACGUUGCAUACGGCAACAAGCAGGUGAACCUGGGGAACGUCUUUCAGGUCACCAAAACUCUGACAGCCCCAAAGCUCUCCUUCUCAGCGGAGCAAGGCCGGGACCCAGCCGGGACGAAGUACUCUUACUUCCUCGUUGACCCUGACGUCCCCAGCGAAGAGGGUGUUCUCGGCGUCAGAGUCAACUAUCUGCACUGGGCAGUGUCGGACGCUCAGCCGAGCUGCAUCGCAGACCAGUCGCCGUCGACAGACACAAUCUACCAGUCGUUGACUCCGGCCAGCACCACCCGCCACAGGUACACCUUCCUUGUCUACCGUCAGCCGGCCGACUACACGCCAGACCUCGUACCCCUGCAAGUGCGUGCAGCUUUUGAUAUCAACGCCUAUGCUGCGAGGAAGGGGCUUGAGCUUGUAGGAGGGAACUUUUUGCGCGAAGCGUUGACGGAUCUUGCAUGA